CGCCAGGACGUCGCCAAUUUUCUUCAUCGUUGCGGCUUGCAAUACAAGGAUUUCGUGCUCGACGAAGCGUUAUACACCGAAUGCAUCCAGGAAGCCAUCAAUCGUGGCUUUCCGAUGGAAGGAGAAUAUUCCGUCCGCUCGCACAUGGCCAAUGGCGUGUCCAUGUUCUGUGCUAGUUAUGCCCACCUCCCUGAUCGUGCCGCAAGGAUGUGGAUCUGCCUGUUCACUGGCGUCAGCACCCGCAUAGACGACAUUAUUAACAAGGGACUAGACCCAGUGCAUCUGCAGAGUUUUAAUGAGAACUUUGUGAACUGUCGGCCACAAGCUAAUACACUCCUGGGUGCGUUUGAUGAGCUCAUGCGCGAGGCCCAUCACCAUUACUCCCCAUUGGUGGCAAAUAUGAUCAUCACGUCCUCCCUCGACUUCAUAUCUGGGAUCAUGCUUGAACAUGGGACCAACAAUAUGCAGGUCUCAACACAUGCUCCCUCAUACCCAUACUAUUGUAGGAUCUUAGGGGGCUUGUCGUGUGCAUAUGCGUUGUUUAUUUUCCCCUCCACGAUCCCGUAUCGUCAAUUCAUUCAAUCUAUGCCGGACGUGAUGUUUGUCGUGAACACCGUAAACGAUAUCCUAUCCUACUAUAAAGAGGAAAUGGACGGUGAAACCACAAACUACGUGUGUCUCAUGGCCGCCGCUCAUAACCUCACCAAACGUGACGCUCUGGGUGGAAUCAUUGAGAAAACCAUGCAAGCGCAUCACAAUAUCCUCGGAUGCUUGAAACCGUGUCCCGAGGCAUAUGACGCCUAUCUCAGUUUCUUCUAUGGGUAUAUCAACUAUCACGCUGCCCUGAAAAGGUACAAGUUAGAGGAGAUUAUGUUGGAGGCGUCAUCUCUUAAUUGA